GAGGGAGAGAGAGAGAGAGAGAGAAAGAAAUUGUAACAAGGAGCAAUAAAUCCCUCCCCUCCCAUCCUCCCCUCUAACCCAUUCACAAGACCUCCAGAAAUCAUCUACAUUCACAAAACAGCGAGCCUGCUCUACUGAAUACACUGCAACCAUAUCCACUCCUCUCUCUCUUUCUCUCUCUCUCUCUCCCUCCCUCCCUUUCCAUCGUUUUAGAUUAUAUCCACACAUACUGAGUCUAGAGUUAUAGAAUCAGACACAAGCAGCAUCUAUUGCUGCGCCGAGAUUUACUGAAUCCUACAACUGCAGUUCCUGCUUCUGUUCAUCUGUCAGAUCGGAGGAGGAGGAGGAGGAGGAGGAAAAGGAGGAGGAGGAGAAAAAACAGGACUUGCAUUUCCUGGGUUUCUUUGGGGAAUAUGUGCAUCUUGAUUUAUAUCUGUAUGUAAAACCUAUACAGAGUAUCUGCCAGUACGUUUCUUGCUUUUUUUUUUUUUUUCAUUUUCUCUGCUGUGUCAGAGAGAACGAGACAGAGCUGUCUCUAUCUGGUUCCCCAGCCCGAGGAGGAGUGUUCAUUCAGACUUUCUGAAAAGAGCUGGAGAGACAGAGAGGGAGAAUCAAGGAAAGAAGAGGUUCCUGUAUCCGGCUGGGAGAUUAGUUCCACGGCUCUCAGCAACAUGGAUCUCCACGCUCAUCGAGGUUUUUCCGAUGUGCCCUGAUGCCAGAGUGACGGCUGGCCCCCCUCUCUCCGUGCCCACCUCAAGCGUCCGUCCGACCGCCACCCCCUCCGAACUUCCCGGACCCCCUAAACAUCAGACGGGGCGUGGAACAUGGAUCCCCCUGCACCGGACGAUGUCCAGCCGGUCCGGUCCCUGGACCAGAUCCGCUCGGUCCGUGCCAGCAACGACUACGUGGAGCGUCCGGCUGCGUCCUUCCAGGCGGCCCGCUCCCACCCGUCGCUGUCCCAGCCGGGGCCCAAGGCGGCAGAGUGGCCCCAGGUGUCCGGGAGGGGGGACCUGCCGCGGAGCCUGAGCCAGCACCAGCAGAUGCAAGCCCCGGCGCUGCCCCUGAGCAAGUGGAGCACGGCCAGCUCCAUGUCCCGCAGCACAACGGCCUCGGACCAGCGGCUCCUGGGCAGCCUGACGCCCUCUCCCUCCGGCCAGUCCUUGGUCCGGACGCAGCCCCAGCCCGGGGGGGACCCGAAGGCCGAGGACCGGCUCCUCAAGGGGCCGGCGGGGAAAGGCCCCGGGCCCGGCCCGGGCCUGCACGCGGGGAGCGGCCACAUGCUCAUCUGCGAGGAGUGCGGCCGCUGCAAAUGCGUGCGCUGCAGUUCGGCCCGCCGCCUGCCCUCCUGCUGGUUGUGCAAUCAGCGCUGCCUCUGCUCUCCCGACAGCCUCCUCGACUACGGGACCUGCCUCUGCUGCGUCAAGGGCCUCUUCUACCACUGCUCCUCCGACGACGAGGACAACUGUGCCGACGACCCCUGCUCCUGUGGGCCUGGGGCCUGCUGCACGCGCUGGGCCGCCAUGAGCCUCCUCUCGCUCUUCUUGCCCUGCCUCUGCUGCUACUUGCCCACCCGGGCCUGCCUUCGACUCUGCCAGCGGGGCUACGACGGCCUCAAAAGGCCCGGCUGCCGCUGCAAGAGCCACACCAACACCGUCUGCAGGAAGAUCUCCUCCUCCGGCGGCGCCACCUUCCCCAAGGCGCUCGAUAAGCCCGUAUGACCUUCUCUGC